AUGAAGGAAAAAUCCUAUGCCCGACUUGCCGCAGUCAAACCUUUCCAAGUAUUAUUGUCCGCAGAAAGCAUUAGACAAGUGUACCUCAACUCAUCAACCCAAUCUGCUUCCUACUCAGAAAAUAUUGAGAGCCUUAAAAAACUCCUGGAGGUAACCAUCGGGGAGAAGGAUACUGCACUAGUCGAGCUGGCCACCUUCCGGGAGCGCGAAGCAACGUGGAGUAGACUCCUCAAGGAAGCAAUCAAUCGCAACGAAAGGAAGAACAACGCUACUUUAGAUCUCAAAUUACAAAUCGAUGUUCUACAGCGUAAAUGUGAGGAAUAUGCUUCUCGGGAUGCGGUUGCACAGCGUGUUGUUAAAAACCUGCAAGCGGUGAAUGCAUCGCAAGCUAAAAAAAUCGAGCAGCUCAAUCAGGAGUCGGAUACCUUGAAAAAUCUGAUGAAGGACAUUCAAGACGAGAAUGAGAAGCGGAAGGAAGAACUGGAGGAUCUUGUCACCGCUCAGUCAAGGGUAAUUGAGAGGAUGAAAAGGGACGUUGAGAAAUCACAGACAAGUCCACAAAGUAUGAAGCCAAACUCGGGUUCCAGAACUGGUCACAAAGUUCAGAUAUCCAGAAAUAUUGGACAAGUACCUCGUGGACCACGUAUAUCCGGUGAUAUUUUUCCUGCAGGAAGCUCUGGCAACUCAGGAGCAGACUUGCAAACGAUACCGGAAUUCAAGAAACGUGAUGGGUGGCUGAUGAUUCCAGACGAAGUGGAAGCACAAGGCCGUUCUUGGCUGUUAGAGCACUGGUUGACAACACAAGACGACGCUUUGCCCGAGAAAGGAGAACCCAUACAAGUGGAACAGGUCUGA